AUGGCGUCCGGGGAUCCUUCCGCCCCACCGCUCCCCCGCCCCUGCCGGCGCGCAGGCCCCGCCCCGGAUGCCACCUGUGGCGCGGGUCCCCUGGCGCUGGAGGCGGCGGUAGCCUGCAGGGCGGUGCCCCGCAUCCGGAGGACAGACCCGGCACUUGCUGCCUCGUGCGACGAGGACGGAGGCUGUCGAGCUGUCCAGGGACCGUCUGUCCGCCGCUCGCGCUGCCCUAAACACGAGCCGCUUCCGCCUGGGCCCCUGGGCCCUCGCCGCUGCCGCGCGGGAGCCGGACGCCGCCCCCUCCUCAGGCCCCGCAGCUCCUCCAGCCCGCCCGUCUCCGGCACAGCCCGCGCGGCACCCACGCCGCGGGAGUGCAGGGUCCGGGAAGCACCGCCGGCGAGGCACCCAGGCGCCGCGAGGGACGAGGCCGCCGCGCAGCCCGCGACCGGUCGCCCCGGCAGCUCGGCCCCCGCGGCUCGCACCUUCCUCAGCGCUGACAUCCUCGGGCGCUCGCGGUUCAGCAGGCGCAGGGCGACAUGCUUUGUGGCCCGUCUGUCCGCAGGGUCGGCUGGCCGUCAGUCCGGGGGACCGCGCUCGAGCCCAGUGCACGCUGGGAGCCCCUCGCUGGCGCCUGCGCACUGGGGCCUCACGGGGCUUGUUGCCUACUUGGCAAAAUUAAAGCUGAGUCAGCAGGGCAUGAAGCCUUAUGAUUCUGCAGAUGACUGGUCUGAGCAUAUUAGCUCUUCUGGGAAAAAAUACUACUACAAUUGUCGAACCGAAGUUUCACAAUGUUUCCCAAAAGAGUGGCUUGAAAGAGAACAGAGACAAAAAGAAGCAAACAAGAUGGCAGUUAACAGCUUCCCAAAAGAUAGGGAUUACAGAAGGGAGGUGAUGCAAGCAACAGCCACUAGUGGGUUUGCCAGUGGAAUGGAAGACAAGCAUUCCAGUGAUGCCAGUAGUUUGCUCCCACAGAAUAUUUUGUCUCAAACAAGCAGACACAAUGACAGAGACUACAGACUGCCAAGAGCAGAGACUCACAGUAGUUCUACGCCAGUACAGCACCCCAUCAAACCAGUGGUUCAUCCAACUGCUACCCCAAGCACUCUUCCUUCUAGUCCAUUUACGCUACAGUCUGAUCACCAGCAGAAAUCAUUUGAUGCUAAUGGAGCAUCUACUUUAUCAAAACUGCCUACACCCACAUCUUCUGUCCCUGCACAGAAAACAGAAAGAAAAGAGUCUGCACCAGGCAAAUCUGUAUCACAUUCUUGCACAACUCCUUCCACAUCCUCUGCCUCUGGACUGAAUCCCACAUCUGCACCUCCAACAUCUGCGUCAGCAAUCCCUGUUUCUCCUGUUCCACAGUCACCGAUACCUCCAUUACUUCAGGACCCCAACCUUCUCAGACAGCUGCUUCCUGCUUUGCAAGCCACGCUGCAACUUAAUAAUUCUAAUGUGGACAUAUCCAAAAUAAAUGAAGUUCUUACAGCAGCUGUGACACAAGCCUCAUUGCAGUCUAUAAUUCAUAAGUUUCUUACUGCUGGACCAUCUGCUUUCAACAUAACUUCUUUGAUUUCUCAAGCUGCUCAGCUCUCUACACAAGCUCAGCCAUCUAAUCAGUCUCCAAUGUCUUUAACUUCUGAUGCAUCAUCCCCAAGAUCGUAUGUGUCUCCAAGAAUAAGCACACCUCAGACUAACACAGUCCCUAUCAAACCUUUGAUUAGUACUCCUCCUGUUUCAUCACAGCCAAAGGUAUGUUGCUUUUGAGGGAAAUUUGGAAAAGAAAGCACG